CAAACGUUACCAAGUGCAGCCUAGUUCUCAAAAUAAAAUAUAUCCAAUUACCUAAAUUAAUUGUUCUCAACCCAAUUCAGUGUUGUUUUUUUAGGUGUGGCAGAACGCAAAGAAGGAUCUGCUUUCAUUGGAACCAACAAGCAUAAGGUAAAAGGGGUUACCUGGAGUUUACGAACAAUCUGAAGUUCUGUUUCUGCCGACUCUUCGAUCGCUGGACGUACUCGACUCUUGAGAGGGCUGCAGCACCACCGGUCUCCACAUCGAGAACUCUUGAACUCAUUUCGCCCUGUCUCCGGUGUACCGUGUUUCAUCUUGUAACCGUAUCGCUGGGGCCGAGAGCAGUAAAUAAAUAACCAACAAAUUCGUAAGUCAUCAUGUAUGCCUUGGCCGGUUUAUCGGGUGCUGGGGUGGCGAGGCAGUCAAAGCUUCCAGAUGAUUUGUCAUCGACCAAGAGCUCGCGGUCUACUCCCCGUAGCAGCGUGAUGAGUUUACCGGCGGCUGGGCUCAACUCCAGCGGGGACUUUGACGCGGAGCACCGGGCACGUCGGAACCCCGUCUCGGAGGGCAAUUUGCGUCUUCUGACUACUGUAGAUUGUCAGCAGGAUGUUAUGUGUUGUCGCUACAAUGAAGACGGGACGAUGCUAGCAGCAGGAUUUGUAGACGGUAGUAUCAAGGUGUAUGCAACAGAUACCGGUGCUGCUCUGUACAACUUGGUGGAUGAUGAGACGUCAGAUGCUCAUUUACCAUGCACCAGCAUCCUGUUCAGACCUUAUACACCCGGUGAUAAGUCUUUGAAUCUACUCUUAGCCACAUACGCUAGCGGUAUGGUUAAAUUCUGGCACACAUCCACCUGCACGUGCAUCCACACUACGCAUGAGAACCGGCAGACGUUAACGGUGGCAUACAAUAAGGAUGUAUCGAUGUACAUCACUGCUGGUUGCGAUGAAAAGAUUUAUGUAUACGAUGAUAACACCAGAAAGAGGAUAUUCACUUGUCAACCGAGUCCUUCCAUGAAUGUGAUGGACGGACAUCGUUCCCGCAUCUUCUCUCUCAAGUUUCACCCCAACAAAUCAGAGGAGUUUGUAUCUGGAGGUUGGGAUGACACUGUGCAGUUCUGGGACACCCGAACUGAACAUUCAAUAAGGAAACUGAUUGGGCCACACGUAUGCGGUGAUGCCUUGGACAUUGAUCCGUACCAUAAUCACAUUGUGACUGGAUCCUGGAGGAAAGAUUUAAACCUUCAGAUCUGGGACUAUGCCUCAGGGAGCCCGAUACGCACUGUGCCCCAAGACUUCAAUAAUUCACUGCUUUACUGUGCACAGUGGCUCGGUAAAGAUAACAUCGCUGUAGGAGGGUGUGAUGCCAAUAUGGUCAGGGUCAUCGAUAGAGGAACACUCCAGACAACCGGCCGGUUGGUGGAUCUCCCUCGUGGCGUCUACUGCUUGGACAAUAACAGAAAAGGCACAGUCCCUAAAUUUGUGGCUGGAUCGUCAAGGUAUCUCUACUUCAUGGAUAUGAAACAAAUGUAAAAGAUUUAAUAAUCCAAAGUUUACAUAAUCAAAAUUCAAAUUCACUCAUUUAUGUUUGGGAGUUGGUGCUUUCUGUUCUGCUCUACCAGUCCAAGGAGUAGGUGGCAACGACCUCUGGAAAAAUGGUUGAGUGUAGAUAACCUUGAAGUGGCCUUCAAGGCGAUGGACACUAUUGGUAAUUACUCAAAAUAAUUACUAGCAUAAAACCUUACU